AUGGAAGCAAAAAUGGCAAGAAGAGCCCUGGUAUCUUCUAUAAUUGUAGUGUUGACUAGUUUUAUCAUAAUGCAUGCUUAUGGAGAGAAUUCUUUGCCUCGAUUUUCCAGUGGUCAUUAUCAUGACCAAAUGCAAAAAAUGGAAGCGUAUAAGGCCUCGCUCCUUCGACGUGAUUUGAUCUCUAUACCACCUAGCUCAAUGUUUCCAUCGCCUAGCUUUGCGUCAUCACCAUCACCGUCACAGUCAGUUACACCAACUCCACGUGUGUAUCACGUGACAUCCUAUGGAGCAGACCCAAGUGGGAAAACAAACAUUACAGAACCACUUCUUGGAGCAAUAUCAGAUGCACUUGAUGGUCCUAGCAAUGGCUUCUUGAUGGAAGGGAUUGUUAAUCUUGGUGGUUCACAGGUUAAUCUUGAAGGUGGAACUUACAUAGUUAGCCGUCCCCUGAGGUUUCCAGUGGCCAGCCGAGGUAACUCAUGGUCAAGAAUGGCAUCUGGUGAUGAAGAGGCAGUGAAACCUAAUUAG